AGAGCUUCAACAGAUAUAAUAUUACAAGUAAAACUAUUUGUCAUUAUAAUAGGCUUUAAAUUGGCCACCAGGUUCUGAAGUCAUAAUUACAGGAAUAGGCAUACCAGAAAUGGUUUAAGUGUUAAGAUUAAAUGGACUAAUACCAUUACCUAUUGAAGUGGAUCCUCACACUUUAGGAUGUACACUUGAUCAAUUUAAAAAAUUUUAUUCAUAAAGAGUAUCUCAUGUUUGUAUAAUUAGACUAAAGGAAUAAUGAUUUCUUAUGUAUUUGGGACUAAAUUUGAUUCAUCUGAUAUUAUUGAUUGGGCAUAAUCUAAAGGUUUAUUUAUAAUGGAAGAUGAAGCUGAAAGCUUUAAUGCACCUAAUGCUAAAUGUAAAAUUAAACUAUAUUUCUUAGUAAAUCCAAAUGUAGAGUUUUCUACUUUUAGUUUUAGUUCUAUUAAAACUUAUUCUGCUUUUGGAGGAUCUAUUAGUGUUAUUAGGAAUAAUGAGGUACUUUAUAGUAAAAUGAAAGCAAUUCAAGAAACUUAACCAAAAUGGUCAUAAAGAAACUAAGAUAUUAAUUAAAACUUUUAGCUAUUUGAAGAGAACUUUAAAAAAUUUAAUCCAAAUGAUUUUGUUAAAUAGCAGAACAAUAAAAAGAAGUUCAAGAUGGAUUUUUAGCAAUUUCUUUUCUAUUAGGCAUUACAAAGAAUUUGUAGUCAAUAUUAUUCGAGGAUUCCAAAAAAACUCAGCUGAUUAUGUAUAAACUUAUAGGUUUA